CUAGAUGUCUCUGAUUGUCAAGUCAAAAAGUGUACAUAAAAAUAUAGGCUGUUUUGAUUUGAAUUUUUUAGAUAAUUUAGUAUCUAAAAAUGGAGGAGAGAUCAAAUAUAUUGAAGCAAAUGAAAGUUUGCAGAUUUUGUCUAACUGACGAUGAAAAUUGCUUGACAAAUAUCCACGAUAAACUUACCAAAGGCUCAGACGUAAGCGUUCCACUACCGUCUCUUACUCUUCAAAUAAUGGCUUGCACUGCCAUAGAGGUGAUAAAGAAUGAUAACAUGCCUCAGUUCAUAUGCAAUACAUGCCGUAAUUUGACCAGCCAAGCUUACAUAUUCAAAGCAAAUUGCAAAAAGGUCGAUGAUGCGUUGAAGUUGUUCCUUGUGACUGGCCAGCUUACGAAGCCAAACAUGCAAAACGUUGUUCAAAUUAAAGUGAAACCAGCCGAGUACAAGGUAAUCAAAAUAGUGCAAGAAGAAGACGAAGAAAUCGGAAAGGUUGCCGAUAAUCAGAUCACAGAUGAAACUCCAAUGGAAUUUGAGGACAUCGAAACCAACGACAGCGAAAUUGCAACAAACAAAACAACAGUAACCCAAGUCAAAACCGAAUGCUACCCGUGUACAGAACCUUCAUGCAAUCGAACGUUCGCUUUAAAACAACUCCUCGAUAUUCACAUGAAAAAUCAUUCUCGGGAGAGGAAAUUCGAGUGCGACGAGUGCGAAAGCAAAUUCUUCACCAAAUACGAACUCCAAAAGCACGUACUUACUCACAACGCGAGCAAGGAGUACCAAUGCGUCGUGUGCGACAAAUCCUUCCUGCGGGAAUCCAUGUUAAGGAGGCACGAGAAAACCCACAUCGACGCGCCAAAAUACGUUUGUUUAGAAUGCGACAAGACCUUCCUAACUAAAGACUAUUUAGAGCUUCACUUGCAAAAACACAAAAAAGAGAAACCUUUCACAUGCCAAAUAUGCAGCAAAAGUUUCGUCUUCAAACAGGGAUUGGAGCGCCACCAACAAGUACACAGCGAGAACAAGCCUUUCAAAUGCAAUUACUGCGAGGAGAGCUUCAAUUCAGCCAUCAAACUCACCAGGCACAUUACGACCCACGCCGGACUACGUCCGUAUCCCUGCAAACUCUGCAAACGAACCUUCCUGCUCAGCCACCAUUUAACGAGGCACAUGCGCAAUCACUACACCGCAAAAACCUCCUGGGACCACUUGGGCCAGCACAAGUGCGACAUAUGCAGCAUGUCGUUCAAGAAGAAGGAGUCGCUGGUUAAUCACAGCGCUAUACACUCGAUGGUUAAUUUGAAAUGCGUGAUUUGCAACAUGAAAUUCGAAUCGGCCGAUUUGGUGAAGGAGCACAUCACGACGCAUUUGUCGGGCCUGCCCCAUCCCUGCGACAAGUGCGAUUACAGCUUUGAAACAGCCGAGCAAUUGGAGGAGCACGAGCUGAAGCACGCCGAAAUGGAGUACGAGGAGCAGAUCGAAAAGGAGGUGUUGUCGGAGAGCAUCCAGCAAAUGGGCGCUGAAGGUCAAAAUUCAGAAGAAGACGAGGAGUUCUUGGAAGAAGAGGGAGAAGUGGGAGAAUACACCAUAGAGGAUAUUAACAAUCCCAAUUCGAGAAUAAGAUCAAUACAAGAGCCUGAUAACGAUAUUAAAACGGAAAUUCACGAUUUAGAAUUCUUGAGACCGGAUUUCGAUAAUGAGCUGGAACAAACCGUAGAAUCCUCAACGCAAGCUGUGGAAGAAAUCGAAGAGCAAGACGAGGAAGAGGAGGCUCAAGAGGAAUCGAUCAAGCCCAUCAUUCGUGUUGAAGGCACUAAAAUGUACGAAAGAAAAAACGCCCCUACGAAAAUCCACAGCGCCCCUACAAGAUUCGGUUCUAUCGACAACCCAGCAGAUCAACUACAAUCUACGUUAGCUUCUAUUAAUAACGAUGCGACGAGUUCAGUUAGCAGAAAGGUGGGAGAUAGGGUAGUAAAAGUUAAAAAAUUCAUACUUACUAAAGACGAAAUGAAAGCCAUGGCCAAGCAGGGGAUUAUAGAGGUGAAAAACGGCCAAGUCGUUCUGAAAAGUGGAGGACAACAAAUUUUAAAUGCCACGUUGAAGCCCAUACAAAAGAAUGAAAUCGAUUCUUUAUUGGAUAAACGACAGAGCGCUGGUAAUAAGUUACAAGUCAAAACGUAUAAGAAGAAUUUACCUCAGCAGGAUUCAUAAAUUCAGGCAUUUUUUUAGAAUAAGUGGUCAUUAUUUUGAAACUUUAUCUAUUGUAGGCGCGCGAGCGCUGCAAAUUCCAUUGCAAAUUUUAUUUCUAUGAUUAUAGAAUGUUUUACAUUUUUUUUCUAAUUUAUUUAGGAUUACGUUUAUAGAAGAACAUAAGUAGUAGC